AUCAAUGAAGGUCAUUCAUUGCGUCACGAAAGAUGGAGCACAUAACAUGGAAAGGACGAAGAAUGGGAUAUUAUUGAAGCAAUUUCCGCAAUGAACGUCGUCUGGUUUAAUAUGGAACUUUAACGCUGUUAUUGUCAUGGCAUCUGGGUUGUUGGGAAGACUUGCGGGGAUAUCCAGAACGUUUAUAGCAGGACUUCAUACUGAAUUGCAAUUCAAGACUCGACCUAAGGAACCUUUACACUUGGUGACAGGAUCAGCUGGCUUUUCCAAAACAAUAUCUCAAUCGCCAUCAUUCAAACAGUGGACAUUCGGCGACGAUGCCUAUUUUGUUGCAAAUAAUAGAACUGCUGAUGUUAUAGGUGUUGCUGAUGGUGUUGGGGGUUGGCGGAACUAUGGAAUAGAUCCCUCUGCCUUCCCACGAUCUCUGAUGGAAACCUGUGAGAGAAUGGUGAGAGAAGGCAGGUUCAAUGCCCAGGCUCCAGCCACUGUGAUUGCUGCCAGUUACUAUGAACUCCAACAGAUGAAAACACCCCUUAUAGGUAGCAGUACAGCUUGCAUUGUGGCGCUUCAUAAAAAAGAAAGACGACUUUACACGGCCAAUCUAGGAGACAGUGGAUUUCUGGUUAUCAGAGAUGAACAAGUUGUCCAUCGCUCACAGGAGCAGCAGCAUUAUUUCAAUACUCCAUUUCAGCUGGCUGUAGCUCCACCCAGUCAGGCAGGACUUGUCUUGAGUGACAGCCCAGAAAUGGCCGAAAGCUCAUCCUUUGAUGUUGAAGAAGGUGACAUUAUUUUACUGGGAACGGAUGGUCUGUUCGACAAUAUGAAUGAAGAUAUGAUUUUGGACUGCUUAAGUAAAAUGAAGGAUCAUAAGGACGCUGAAGUAAAUGUUCAGCGAACAGCGCAUCAUAUAGCAGAGGAGGCGUAUGAGCUCUCAUUCGAUCAAGAUUACUUAUCACCAUUUGCUUUAUCAGCGCAACAAAGGGGAAUAGAUCUCAGAGGUGGAAAACCAGAUGACAUAACCGUGUUACUAGCUCGAGUGUCAAGCUGUUCAAGUGAUCUUGAUGUAUGAAGAGAAAUUGUGACUGCAUGAUCGCGUGCGGAUGAAAGAAAGAAGAAUAUUAGAGUUGCAAUUUAAAGUGUGUGAUUUGUGUACUAUUCUUGUUUUGUAACUUUGUCACAUUAUAACUGGAGCAAUCAAUCAGACUCUGUGGUAUGUCAGCCUCGAUCGAGAGCAAUGUGGUGGCGGAAUUUGCCACAUUCAUACAGGUUGAACACCUGAAGUCCAAAAGGCGCUGUACCCUGUUUUAGAGUUACAAAUCUUAGAAGUCCAUGAUAUUCAUUUACAUUAUGUAUAUAGAGUGAUCCAUGAAAUUAAUCGUAAUUAUAUAGGCUUUUAUGUACACACACCAAAAAAAAAGUGGAUUCCGAAUUGAACUAUGUAGAUUUUAAGAAGAUACAUUGGUAUCACAAAUAAUUCUGUUGAUAAAUUUCAUUGUUUAUUGAUGUGAAUAAGAGUUGUCCUGUUCAGUCAAGAAAACUUUAAUUUUAUUUGGAAACCAAAUAAUGCUGGACAUUUUUUUUUAUGCG